CUUUUCACUACUUCUGGCAUCUCUGCUUUUAAUUUACAAACAUUUUUUUGCACAUCGAGGUUAAAUAAUAAAACAGCGGGUUUUUAGUUCAAUAAAUUUCAUCUAAAAUGGCAAACUGUAAGGAUACUCCGGAGCACCUCCAAGCGCAAAAUAUCAUCGUGAUCCAUCCGGGAUCGUUGUACCUACGUAUGGGACGAGCUUCAGAUGUAAAUCCAUGUCGAAUUAUCCAUGCCAUAGCUCGUCGACGCAAACCGAAUGGCAGGGUCUAUAGAGACAGCUUACUUCCACCUCCGAUUGCUCAACCGAGAGAUCCGUUGCCAGAGUUUGAAGAAUGUCGAUUGCAAGUUUCACAUACGUUGCAAUCCUGUGUGCAAUCGGACGGUCGCAGGCGGUAUGCUACUCCACCGCAGCAAAUAUCUGCCUUCAACCGACGUUCUUUAGCGGAAACACUAGACAGCAGUGCUUCUGCUGAAUGGAAGGAUGAGCAAGCUGGUGACAUGGUUAUUGGAGAAGAAAUUCUAUGGUUGAAUCCAGCAGGAGAGUUCAAUCUGCACUUUCCCAUCAGACGAGGCGAGCUAAAUCUUCACAAAGAUAUCGGGGGGUCUAUAACAGGUGUCAUGAAUGAUUUGCUGGAUAUUUGGCAGUAUGUUCUUAAGCAUCAACUACGAAUCGACCUGAAACAUCUGAAGAGCUUUAAAGCGGUACUAGUUAUACCGGAUAUUUACAAUAGAGCUCAUUUGAAAGAAUUAACGACGCUUCUUCUCAACCAAAUUGGUUUUGGAUGCUGCUUUCUUGUACAGGAUCAUGUCUCAGCAACGUUUGGUGCGGGGCUUGGUUAUGCUUGCGUGGUUGAUGUUGGCGAUCAGAAAACGUCCGUAUCUUGCGUAGAAGAUGGUAUUUCGCAUCCAAACACGAGAGUGAGAUUAGCUUAUGGGGGUGCAGAUGUAACGCAAUCGUUUUUCUGGAUGCUGCAAAAGUGUGCAUUCCCUUACAAAGAUUGCAACCAAAGCAAACCGCAAGAUGCUUUCUUGCUCAAACAGCUUAAAGAGGAAUAUGGCCACGUUAAUCUAGAUGUCUGCGGCUCGUUAGAGCGAACCUUCACCGUUCAGCAGCCGCAGAAAGCGAAAUGCAAAUACACUUUGCAAAUAGGUGACGAAGCUAUCGUUGCUCCUUUGGGACUAUUUCACACGGAGCUGUUCUCAGUGACAGGCGCAAACAGGUCAAUCCCUACAACACAGAAACCUUGUACUGCCCAACCACAUUCAGAAGAUUGUUUCGAUGCGGAAUAUUUGCGAGAAACUGGUCGAAGAGGGAAAGAAAAUUUGGAACAGACUGCCAACGAAAGUGGGGUUGGAAAUACUGAAAAUCAGGAUGAUGAUAUGGUGGUAGAGGGAUUAGAACAGGAAAAAGAUGGCAAGGCUAGUGAAAAAGAUUUUAUAAUGCCCGGAGGACAAGUCAUUGGUAUCGAUCAAGCAGUGCUGCAGAGCAUAGAACGUUGUCCCAAUGAUGAACUUAAGCGUAAAAUGUACGGAUGUAUUUUGGUUGUUGGAGGGGGAAUGAAAUUUACUGGCAUUAGCAAUUGGCUGCAGAAUCGGGUAGCGUUGAAAAUUCCACUCGUGUACCGAUCGGAACAUAAUAUAGUGACAAGUUCGAAAGAUAUCGAUCAGGAAAUUACUUCAUGGAAGGGUGCCGCCAUAAUGUCAUGCCUAGAGAGCGCUGCGGAGUUGUGGAUAACCGAAGCCGAAUGGAACCGAUAUGGACUUCGGAUAUUGCGUGAAAAGGCAGUGUUCAUGUGGUAG